AACAAAAAACACUGAAUGUCUGGAAAACACGUCUAUUUCUAAUAUUUCUUUAAAUUACCUUUUGAUUAUCGAGAACAUCAUUUAUUGGUCGUCUGCAGGCUACGGUUUAAUAGGAAAAUGUAUUGAAAUACCGGUAUUUUUUUAUAUUUGUGUCAACAUUUAAACCAUUUUUUUAUGUAAAUGCUCUAUGUCUAAAUUUACCCCCUUUAAUUAAAUGUAUUUUUCUGUAAGCCUAAAAAUACGCGCAGCUCCCGUGUUUUGUUUUUAAAAUGGACACAUUUCAUGUUCAUUUUCAGAUCCGUAGAUGUCUAAUCAGGAAACUUCGUCUGCUUUGAUACCAGGUGUUUGUGAGAAAAUGCUGCUGUUUGUAAUGACCUUAUUUACACAAUAUGAAGGUUUGAAAAGAGUGGUCGUUGCACCCGUUUGUCAGUGUAACAGGUAAAUAAACGUACUUUUUGUCUUGUCCCUGAACGCACCAACGUGGUCGCUGGUGACGUAGGCACGCACGUUAAGAUCAGAGCUUGCUUCCAUGUUAUCUGCAAAAAUGACAACUUUUGUGGUUCUGUUUGGCAGAGCAGCGUGAUGCGCGUCAGGUGGCCAUGGCGUGGAAGUCGAGGACCCGCAGUCUGCAGGUGUUUGACACGCAGCUGAGCGCGGACUCGGUGGAGUGGUGUCCUGUCGCUCAGAGCCAUGACGUCCUGGUGUGUGGGACGUACCAACUACAGAAAGGGGUAAAGGUCAGGAUGGAAUAAACCAACGACGCAGGAAAGUUUAGGGGAGGAACCUGAAGACAUCAGAAACCACCAGAUCGAAACCUCUGCUUGGACAACAACCUAAAAUAGAACAAAAAUAAUGUCGGAACCUCAACAACGAAGUUUUAUUUUGAAGCAGCUCCAAUGAGAACCUGAAAAAAGUUUGGUAGAGGAUGGAAAAAAACACUGAAUUGGAUUGGCAGUGUGUGGCAUGGAGAUGAAAGGCCUUUCCUGUUUAUUCAGGUCAUUUCAGGAAGGGGAGGGGGAUGCACCCCCCAGCCGAACUGGCCGCUUGUACCUGUUUGAGUUUAAUGGCGGUGGAUCGAUUGGCCCCCCUCUCACUGAGCUGCAGCGCAUGGACACUGCAGCGGUCCUGGAUUUGAAAUGGUGCCACGUGCCCGUGUCCGGACGGCCCGUGCUGGGAAUGGCAGCCGCCACCGGCCAGCUGCAGCUCUACGCUCUGUGGGAGAGUCCGGUGGGCCAGCGCAGCCUGCAGCCUCUGAGCAGCACUGAGGUCGGGGCAGAGCGGCUGCUCCUGUCUCUGGACUGGUCCACUGGAAGAAUGGACGGCAAUGACCUGCGUGUGGCCUGCAGUGACUCUGCGGGCUGCGUGGGCGUGUUCUCCUUUGCUGAAGGCGCUCUAACGCCACUGUCCCAGUGGAAAGCCCAUGACUUUGAGGCCUGGAUCACAGCCUUCUCCUACUGGGACACACAGCUGAUCUUUUCUGGUGGGGACGACUGCAAGCUGAAAGGCUGGGACCUUCGGGCUGGCCCUUCCAGCCCCGCUUUCACCAGUAAAAGGCACUCGAUGGGGGUGUGCAGCGUGCACAGCAGCGCGCACAGAGAGCACGUGGUGGCCACGGGCAGCUACGACGAGCACGUUCUGCUGUGGGACAGCAGAAACAUGCGGCGACCCCUCAGCGACACCCCCAUGGGUGGGGGCGUGUGGAGGCUGAAAUGGCAUCCAACCCACGAGCACCUCCUGCUGGCAGCCUGCAUGCAUAACGACUUCCACAUUCUACACUGCAAGCAAGCCUUCGAGGGGGAUGAAGGAGCGUGUCCCGUUGUCGCCUCCUACAUUCUCCACAACUCCUUGGCUUAUGGAGCGGACUGGUCCAGGGUGUCCCCGGAGGGGCCCGCCUCCUGCUCUCCCGCCAGCACAGCCCCUGAGGAAAGGCCCGCAGAGGGCGGGGGGCACCUGAGGAUCCAGUAUGAGUCUCCCACCGCCAGCUUUGACACGUCUCUGGAGGACGAUUCAGGACGAUACAUCCCAGAGGGGAUCGCUGCGCCCGUCGCCACCCCCACUGCAGGUCCGGCGUUCAACACGGAGGACGCCGCUUCUGUGUCGUGCCUGCUGGCCAGCUGCUCCUUCUACGACCACGUGCUUCACGUGUGGCGCUGGGAUUGGACUCCAGAGCGGAGCAGCCAGGAACCAGACCCAGACUGACCCGUAACCACAGAGACACGAUCGGUCCACACCAGAAUGGAAGAAAAGCAGGUGCAGUGAGGAAGGUCUCCUUUUCUUCCGCUGAAUGGUGACUCUUACAUUCUAAAAACCCCUCAGUAAACGUUUGGGUUAGUCUACUCUCUGAACUCCUUUGUUUUGUAGCAUCAACACAAAAUCACCAGCUUCACUUUUGUACAACCCAGUGUGUAGACCAGCCCAGAAUGAGCAGACAGAAUGAUGGUGACCCGUCCUCCACCAGAACCUUUUCAAGAAGGAAACUUAAGCUGAUGGCGCUUUAGCUUCUGAACAUGAACAUCUAAUUGGGAUAAGAUCAACCAAGUCUGACUGAAGUCUUGACAUGUGCUCUAUUCUCUUCUGUGGGCGGCACAGAGGCUGGCGCUUUCGCCUCACUGGAAAUUUGUCUUUAUUAAAUCAGCAAAGAGUU